AUGGAUGCAUCAGUUGUUGAUUUGAGUAAUUCUCCAGUGGAGAGUCCUUCUAUUGAUCUAAUAAAUAAUGCUGAAGAACGUUAUGAUGCUUGGAAAUUCUCAUUAAUUGGUCGUUUAGAUUUAACUCGAUUGAAAUUUUCUGAAGUGGUUUUAAAUAUGAAGAAUCAAUGGAAACUUGAAGGUCAAUGUAAAAUGAUUCCCUUAGGUAAAGGUUUCUUUACUAUUAAGCUUGAUAAUGAGAAAGAUAAAAUGGGUAUUAAGGCUGGUAAAUGGGAAGUUGGAGAUCAAGUUCUUUGGAUUCGAAAUUGGAUCCCUGGUUUUAAACCAGAAAAUCAUAGAACUUCAUCAGCAAUGAUCUGGGUUCACCUUCCUGGACUGAGUUUGGAAUAUUGGGAUGAACAAACUCUUUUCACAAUUUGCAGAGCUUUAGGAACUCCAGUAAAAGUUGAUGAAACAACUCUGAAUUAUGAUAAUGGUUAUUAUGCCAGAGUUUUGAUGAAUAUUGAUCUAGCAAACAAAAUUCCAAACAAACUAUGGAUUAAAACUAAGUUUGGAGGUUUUAUGCAAAGUGUGAUGUUAGCAAAACCUCCAAAGUUUUGUGACCAUUGUAAAAUUGUUAGGCAUCUAAAGAUUGAGUGCAGAGUCAAGAAUUCUUCUCCAAAGGAACCAGUUCCAAAACAAUCUGUUAAUACUACACCAAAAAGCACUAAUACUUCAAAUAGAGUGAAAUUUGAUAUUUCUGAUCCAUCACUUGUAUCUAGUAGUCAGGCAAAAGGGUUUUCUUCAAAUACAUCUUCAAGAGAGGUUGAACAUUGUGAGACUCCUAUUAUGCAGUUUAAUCAAUUUGUUGGAGUAGGUCAUCAAUUGGGGAAUCCAGUCAAUAUAACUACAGGAAUGUUUGGAUCCUUACAGGAUACAAAUGUUGCUGAAAAUAUUAUUGAAAUGCAUGAAGAUAGUGUUACUCUAUCUCCAGCUAAGGUAUUACAAAUUGUGGAGGAUAAUGCUCUGGAAAAUAGUGUUAUCAAGUACAUUAAUGGAAAAGAAGGUACAAUGACUGAAGAGCAAAUUCCAACUACUUCAUGGUCUAAAAUCAUCUCAAAGCCUUCAUCAACAAAACAAGGAUCUUCUUCUAAUGCAUCACAAACUGUUGGAGCUCCAAAGGUAACAUCUCAACAAAUUCUUGUCAAAUAUAAUUUUAGGAAAAAUCAAAACAAAGGGGGCACUAAGGGUCUCCACCCUCAACAAUGA